AUAGACAUCUCAUUCUUAAUUCCCUACCAAACUAGCAAUUACCAAUAAAGUGCAAAAAAUAACGUUACCAAAAAAUUAAGACAUGGACAAAAUGUUGUACAUGAUCGUCUUUAGUGCUUUAGUCAUCGCAAAUAUGGUGCAAGACACGGCAGCACAAACGGUGCAUGUGGUAGGGGACAACAUGGGUUGGACCGUACCAAGCAAUGGCGCAGUUGCUUACUCAAAUUGGGCUGCUGGAAAAACAUUCAGAGUUGGCGAUACUCUAGUGUUCAAUUUUGCGACUGGUCGACAUGACGUGCAACAAGUAGAAGAAACUUCGUUCGAUGGAUGCAAUUCGCAGAAUGCAAUAGGCGCUGCCAUAAUGACAGGACCAGCAAAUAUAACUCUUAAUUCUACUGAUGAUCACUAUUUCAUUUGUACUAUUGGCGCACACUGCCAAGGUGGACAGAAAUUAGAAAUUUCAGUUUCCGACGACAGCACUAGUACUCCAGGUACCAACCCACCUACACCAUCUGUUGAUGGACCUACAGGUUCCGUUCCUGGUGGUGUUGUUCCUCCUCCUCCUCCGCCUUCGUCCUCAACGACCGUAUUGGCCAGCUUUGUGCUCAGUCUAUCCGCAAUUGCCUUGGCCAUUUUUCAUUAAAUUGGACCAUUUAAGUAUUCAUAUAGUUUAUAUAUAUACGUUCUACGAUGUAACCAUACUAGAUUGUAUCGGAUUCAGUUUUGUUUUAAUUGAUGAUUGUAUUUGGGAUAUUUUACGUGUUAAAGGUUAAAUAAAGGUAGUUUCUUUGCUAUCAUA